AGAAACCAGUCCCCUCUCUCUCUCUAACGCACAGAGUAGACUAAGAACUUGCUUCCGCAUCAACAAAAUCUGGUUCAAGAUUUCACACCCAUUUGCUUCAAUUCAACUGGUUUCAAGAUAUCGGUCUAGUUCGAUUUCCCCAGUUACUCAUUUCCUAUGCUUCAACGAUUCUGUGCUUCUCUCUCUAGCUCUGCGAAGACUGCGAUCAAUCAUACCGGUGGUGGUGUUGUACCCUAAUCGGACUGUUCAGAUUCGAUUUGGAUUCCGAUCGCAUUUCACCCAAAUUUUCAGUAGCUUCCGAAGUCAAGAAGGACUAACUCUUACUGUUCUCUAUAGACUUUGAUUUCCAUGGAAGAGGAAGAUGGGGUUGAGCUUCUACAACGAUACAGACGGGACAGGCGUAUACUGCUUGAUUUUAUACUUUCUGGAAGCUUAAUCAAGAAAGUAGUAAUGCCUCCUGGUGCAGUUUCAUUGGACGAUGUGGAUCUGAAUGAAGUGAGUGUGGACUAUGUGCUCAGUUGUGCAAAGAAAGGUGGAAUGCUUGAACUCUCUGAAGCUAUUAGAGACUACCAUGAUAACAGUAUGUUCCCGAAUAUGAACAAUUCAGGUGCUAUGGAUGAGUUUUUUUUGGUGACCAGACCUGAAUUAUCAGGCUCACCACCCAAACGGCCACCCCCAACUGUUCCAUCAUUUACACCAGUACCCAUUAUAACUUCUCUCUCAAAAUCAGUUUCUUUUAACUCCAAUGAUGUGGGAGAUCUUGAAGAGUCCCCUGAUCUCACACACACCCAAGAAUUUAUACCGAAGAAGGAACGGGAAUUAACAGUGGAUGAUAUAGAUGAUUUUGAGGAUGAGGAUGAUUUGGAGGAAGUUCAAAGCCGUAGAGCAUCUAGACGCGUUUCAUCUGACGCUUUUGAUCUCGUGUUGGGAUUGCCCCCAUUUGCAACUGGUAUUACUGAUGAUGACCUCCGCGAAACUGCCUAUGAAAUUCUCUUGUCUGCUGCUGGGGCUGCAGGGGGUCUCAUCAUACCAGUGAAAGAGAAAAAGAAAGAAAGACGGUCUAGAUUUAUAAAGAAGCUUGGACUGAGUAAAAGUGAUCAAGUGAGCCAAUCACAUCCCGGUACUGGAUUAGUUCGUUUAUUGGAGACAAUUCGUGUUCACAUGGAGAUUUCAGAAGGAAUGGACAUUAGGACAAGGCAAGGACUGCUUAAUGCAAUGGCUGGGAAAAUAGGCAAAAGAAUGGACACUCUUUUAGUUCCUCUGGAAUUACUAUGCUGCAUUUCACGAAAUGAAUUUCCUGACAAGAAAGCCUACAUACGGUGGCAAAAGAGACAAUUAAACAUGCUGGAGGAGGGGCUUAUAAACCAUCCAGCUGUGGGGUUUGGUGAAUCUGGACGUAAGGCAGGUGAAUUGAGGAAUCUGCUUGCAAAAAUAGAGGAAUCGGAGUCCCUUCCAUCAUCUACAGGGGAAGUCCAGCGCACAGAAUGUUUGAGAUCACUAAAAGAGACUGCUAUUCCACUUGCAGAGAGGCCAGCUCGUGGUGACUUAACUGGUGAAGUAUGCCAUUGGGCUGAUGGGUAUCACUUGAAUGUCAGACUGUAUGAGAAAUUACUGUUAAGUGUGUUUGAUGUCCUUGAUGAGGGUACAUUGACAGAGGAAGUGGAAGAAAUUCUGGAGCUAUUGAAAUCAACUUGGCGCAUUUUGGGAAUAACAGAGACCAUCCACUAUGCCUGCUAUGCAUGGGUGUUAUUUCAUCAGUUUGUUAUCACAAGAGAGCGAGGGAUGUUGCGGCAUGCCAUUGAGCAGCUGAAGAAGAUUCCAUUGAAGGAGCAAAGGGGACCACAAGAGAGGUUACACUUAAAGAGUUUGCUUUCUAAACUUGAAAAGGAUGGGGGAGUUGGAGAGUCUACUUUCUUACAAUCAUUCCUCUCACCUAUUCAAAAAUGGGCUGAUAAGAGAUUAUCUGACUAUCAUCUCCAUUUCAACGAGGCCUUAUUAUUAAUGGAAGAUAUAGUGGCUGUGGCAAUGCUUUCUAGGAGGCUUCUUCUGGAAGAAGAACAUGAAAUGGCGAUGGAAUCCUCAUCUGUCACAGAUAGAGAUCAGAUAGAAUCAUACAUCUCAUUGUCGAUCAAGUGUGCAUUUGCUAGGACUUUGCUGGAAGUCGAGACACUUGCUGAUGCAACAAAUGAACAUCCCUUGGCAUUGCUUGCAGAACAUGCAAAAAAACUUUUGAAGAAAGAUGCUACCAUGUUCAUACAUAUCUUAUCCAAGAGGCAUCCACAGGCCAUUGUUGUUUCGGCUUCUCUUCUCCAUAAACUUUAUGGUUAUAAGUUGAAACCUUUCACUGAAGGCAUUGAACAUCUAACUGAGGAUGCUGUGGCUGUAUUGCCAUUGGCUGAUAGCUUUGAGCAAUAUGUAAUGGAGGUUAUUAAGUCUGGCUGUGAAGAACAAGUUGGAGAGAUCUACAUUAAAAAAUUAAACCCAUAUAAGGUGGAAACUGUAUCUGGAACAUUGGUUUUGCGCUGGGUGAAUUCUCAGCUCGGAAGAAUAAUGAACUGGGCUGAGCGAGCUAUCCUUCAAGAGCACUGGGAGCCAGUAUCACUUCAGCAGCGGCACGGAAGUUCUAUUGUUGAAGUUUAUAGGAUUGUGGAAGAGACAGUUGAUCAAUUCUUUGAUCUUAAAGUUCCAAUGAGGAUGACAGAGUUAAAUAGUCUAUUCCGUGGCAUUGACAACGCUUUUCAGAUGUAUGCAAGCCGUAUUGUUGACAAUUUAGCUACUAAGGAUGAUCUUAUACCACCUGCACCAAUCCUUACACGAUACAAGAGAGAAACUGGAAUCAAGGCUUUUGUAAAGAAGGAGAUACUUGAUCCCAGGACGCCUGAAGUGAGAAUGUCCUCUGAUAUCAGUGUUCUGACAACACCAACUCUAUGCAUUCAGUUAAACACACUUCAUUAUGCCAUUAGUCAACUGAAUAAGUUGGAAGACAGCAUUUGGGAACGGUGGACAAGGAAAAAUCCAGAUGAUAAGCCAGCUAGGAGGUCUUUGGUGGAGAACUCAAGAAGCUCCCUUCAUAAAGACACAUUUGAUGGUAGCAGAAAAGAUAUUAACGCUGCCAUUGAUAGGAUAUGCGAGUUUACAGGCACUAAGAUUGUCUUUUGGGAUCUGAGAGAACAAUUUAUUGACAGCCUUUACAGGCCCAAUGUUUCACAAUUUAGGAUGGAAGCUCUUAUAGAGCCAUUAGAUAUGGCAUUGAGUCAACUAUGUGAUAUUAUUAUGGACCCACUCAGGGAUCGUGUUGUAACUGCUCUUCUUCAAGCAUCACUGGACGGUUUACUUAGAGUCAUACUGGAUGGAGGCUCAUCGCGGGUUUUUGCUCCAGCUGAUGCAAGGCUCAUGGAAGAAGAUCUUGAAGUACUUAAGGAGUUCUUCAUUUCUGGGGGUGAUGGUCUUCCCCGUGGAGUGGUUGAAAAUCAGGUGGCACGUGUUAGACAAGUAAUCAAUCUGCACGGCCUCCAGACAAGGGAACUGAUUGAUGAUCUAAAAUCUGGAAGCAGUUUAGAAAUGCAUGGUGGUAAAAGCAGAUUGGGUGCAGAUGUCAAGACCUUAUUGAGAAUACUGUGUCAUAGAAAUGAUUCAGAAGCUUCUCAGUUUCUAAAGAAACAAUAUAAGAUUCCAAAAUCCAUUGCCUAGUGCAAUAAAGAGCUAAGAAGACUAUAAGAACACAUUGAAGAGUGACUAAUUUCCAGUUGUUGAUGCUGAAAGUACUGUUGCUUUUCCACUGUUGUUGAGACUUGAUUGGAUUUUUCGAACACUCGCAUUUCGAUGGGUAUAUCUGUAUUUUUUUCUUUGUUCAUUUUGUAAUGUAACAUAUAUGUAUUAUGUUUUGGAGAUCUGAUUUCAAUUCUUUUAUUCUACAAAUUGAUAUCUUCCCUUUUAAAUAUUAAUUCGUGUGCAUGCAAAUAUCUUUGA